AUGGAAAAGAAUCUUGAUACUAGGACAUCCUUUGCGUCUACUCUAACUUUGCUAUCCAAAAAGAAGGGUGCACCCAACUCUAAAAUCAGGCUAGUAAAGACGAGACUGAAAGGAAAGCCAGCUGUCAACAAUAGAUAUUGUCCAAAUCCGGCAGAAGUUUCUGGGUUUUAUAAUUACAGCAUAAAAUCGAAUAAAAAUAAAGAUAUCAACACUUACUCUGGUCAGAAUAUCAGACAAGAAGCUAGUAAGGAAGUAGCCAGAAAUUUACUUCUCGAAAGAAAGUUACAGCAAGGCAAGGCCCUUGUUGGCAAUCUAGAAAAUGAGACCCAGCUUCUCCUUGAUUAUUAUAAUAAUAGACACUUCAUUGAUAAAGAGGUGCAAGAGAGAAACCAAGAUUACUUUAAGUUUAGCGCGAAUGACCUUAGCCUGGAUAAGGUUAAUAAUUUGAGCAACUCAGUUAAUCAGCUCCAAAAUCCAACAAAUGAGAAAGCACUUACUUCAUCCAAGGAUCAUGCAGAGCAGAGGAAUUCUACUGACCAGCUCCCGAAAGUAAAGGAAUGAUAUUCUCAGAAGAGUAACUCUAGCAGUAAAGCCAUCAAUAGACUAGAGAUCCAGCCUGCUGGUAAAGCUUCAGGAAAUAAAAAUGUUCAGCUUAAUAUAUCAGAAUCUGCUGAUCCAAGCGCUUUUAGAAGACCAAUCAACUUCGAAUAUUCUAAAGAUUUUAGAGCAAGUACUGAGUUAAAGUCUAACACAGGGUUGGCUUCGAAUGGAUCAGUAGGUAAUCUUUCAAAGCCUCAAAGAAAUAUCAUAAGUUCUAUCAAGAAGAUAAACCAAAAUAGGAAUCGUUUACAUAAUCACAGUAAGAUCAACUGGAGUAUUGCUGACAUUCCUGAAAAUUAUAUUACUAGUCCAUCCAGAGCAGCAACAUUAAACUCUAGAGUUGAUGAAGUUCCAAAGGCAAGAUCUAGUCUUUCCCUUCAUAAGCACAAAUACUCGGUAAUAGAAACUCCUGAGAAAACUCAGAAGCUUCAGAUGGUCAAGGAUAAGUUGAGAAAGAACAGACUCUCUGUGACCAUAAAUAAUCAGGGCAAAUCUGCCAAAGAGCCAAGGAAUAAUUAUAUUUACAAUUCUCUAAAAGAUACAGUCAGGUCUAAUAACGAAGACCAAAGAAAGCAGUAUCGUACGAAUAUUGACAAUGGGAAGAUGUCUCAUGAAGUGAUCUGUGAUGAUAUCAACCUCAGGCCUUCAAAGCAGAUUCCUUUUGCUAAACAGUAUACUAUUACUACUGAUUCAGGGAUAUUCAAGGAAAAGCUUCAGAACACGAUUGAGAUAAAAGAACCAAAGUUGUGUAAAAGUGCUCAUAAAAGUAUAAAUGCGACUAGAGAAGCUGGAUUUAUGGGCCAAAAGUCUAGAAUGUUUGUAAACCAGGGUAUAAACUUAGAUAAACACACCAGUAAGCCCUUCUUACAAGAUAUUGGAAGGGAAAAGAACAUCCAAAAGACAUUUGCUAAAAUAAAUGGAAUCAGUGAUUACUUUAACAAGUCAUCAGGAUACACUACGAAUUCUAACCCUGAUUUUCAAAGAGUGUAUGAUCAUGAUCCGAGAAUAUUCAGAAAGGGUAAAGGGAUGCUAGCUCAAUAUGCUGAUCAAGGCACUAAGCAUUCUUUUAUUUGCUCGCCUUUUAGUAGAAGAUAAAUUUCAAUAAUUUGCUUAAAAGAGAGUUUAGCUCAGAUUCUUUAUAAUUAGUAGAUUUC